UGGGAAUUUCCUUUAGCGAAGGAGUAUCUAGCUCAUAGCUAGCAUUACCUAAAGCUUGGAGUCAACAUGGCUUAAAAAACGCAUCGCAUUUUACCUUCCCCUGUGUGCUGAGUAACCUUGGAUGAACUACGUUUGAAGAAACUGGUCAAAUCGACAGUCAAUGUGUGUCUUCAGCUUUGGACUAACAGUGCAAGACUUCUCCUCUGUUUGGCUUCAUUGUGCAUGACGUUGGCCUGGCAGGCUGAGGGAUAAGUGCAAGCCAAGAAAACAACCCAGAGAUGCCCUUAAGAAGGUGUCCCUUCAGGCAGCAGCCUAGUUACCACCAUUGAACGGUUCAAAAGAAGAUGAUAUGCUACUGAUUAAGAUAGAGCUCCACCUUCCCCUCCCAGAAGACAUAAACUUGAGAUUGUGUGGCAAUAUGUGGUUUAUGAUGGUUCUUAAGCCUGGGCGUGGUACCUGGGUAAGGGAAUGCUAAAAGAGCUUUCUGAACAAAGGUGCCACAGCCGACUAACGGUCUGCUGCUGAGAAUGGAUGCCAAGUUAAAAGAAGACCUGUUUCGGAGGUAUGUGGCGGCGUUGGAGAGGCGCCUGGAGGAGGGGGCCGGUGGCGGGCCCCCACCAGAGGGCGGGAAAGGCAGACACAAGGACAGCGAGGCCCUGCUCUCCACCGCCACAGCGCUGCUCGGGGCCUACCAGCCCGACCCUGGACAGCGCUUCAGAAUGGUGCGCUUCUAUGAGGUGGUGGAGAACUCUCUCCGCUGCCAAAGAGGGGGCAUCAAGGGCCUUGAGAGGGCCUUUCACACCCUGGAAACCAUCUGCACAAACCUUCUGCUCUUCCCCUGGAAAAAGGAGUUCAGGUCUAUAAAGACCUUCACCGGCCCCUACGUGUACCAGCUGCAGUCCGCCAUCUCCGACACCGAGCUCCGGUCCAUCAUGCGUACCAUUGGCUACUCCCGUGACCAUGAGUCUCAGUUCCAUCUGCGGGAGAACCCGGGCGGUGCGACCCACCUCCGGCAGCUGGCCUUCGAGCUCUUCCUGGCCCAGGGGGAGUGCCGUCUGCUGGCCGAGGUAGUAGCCCUGGCCCGGGGCUCGGCCUCGGAGCUGGAGGCCCUGGAGCUCCGCAUGGGGUGCCAUGACGACGCUGCGGGCUGCGCCGAGGCGUUGCGCAGGCGGGACAGCCUGGGGUCGGACAUGGCUCGGCUGUCGGUGCGGCCCAUGGACAUAGAGAGGGGCCACCCCCACCACCUGAGGAGAGGCAGCCGUCCCUCCAAGUCGGUGGACGUCACCGACGGGGCCGGCCACUGGCACGCGGCGGCGGCCAACAAGCCCAUCCUCAAGGCCUCCCUGAGUCUUAGGAAGGAGCCUCUUUUCGUGGACACGGAGGAGGACGCCAAGGACGAGAUCCUGAGACCCUGCGUCUCGGCGUCCCUCUUCUCUGUGGCGGCUCUGCCCUCCUACAGCCCUGUCACCGAUUUCUUUCCCGUUCAAUCGCCGCCGCCUCCCGAUUCGUACACCUCCUACCACCUGUCCUCCCUGGAUGAGAUAGACCUGUACACGGAGCGGGGCAUGGCCGGGAUCGGGGGCCGGCAGACCCCCUCUCGACCUCCGUCUCGAGAGCCCCGGGAGGCCAGGGACGGGUGGAUGCUCAAGUCCCACGGCAGUGUCAAGUGUCAGGGCUGCGGCGUGGCCUGCUCCAGCGUGGCCUCCUGCCAGAGGUGCGACGUGAUCCUGUGCUCCGCCUGCCACGACGUGGACCCCGCCCCUUGCUGCGGCCUGCAGGACUACCACCCCAAAUCCCCGCGGCCCCUCGACGGAUACAUCCCUGUGAAGGAGAAGCUGUCCGUCUACUCCAACACCCACUCCCACUCCCACCUCCACCCACACCCCCUCACGUUGACCCACUCGCACACGCACCCUCACCCCCAGAUGCUGGAGAAGCCGCUCAUGUCCACCAAGCUGUUUCCAAGCAAGUCUGUUGCCAUGGCAGCGGUGGUCGGCGGCAACGGCGAUCGUGCGAGCCUAGGGGGGUCCCGGUGUGGGUUCUGUAAUAAGCCCGGCGCCUCACACACCUGCGUGAACUGCUCCAAGGUUUCGUGUGACUCGUGUAUGGGCCUGUAUGCAAAGGAUGUAUGUACGCGGAAAAAUCCCCAGCACAACUUUGUGCCCAACCAUCAGCUCAACUUCAAAACUGGCACUAUAUCCCAUCUGGUUUACCGAUGAGCCGGGGACUCUGUAUGCAACACUCCUCUCUCCUCCCGCCGCCCUCUACUCCCUCCCCCUGACCUCAAAUGUAUAGUCCAGUGUGAGCGCUUUAGCAGCCUACACUCCUCCGGUUUCUCUCCCUGUACCUCCACUACCUUUCACCGCCUCUCUCCACCUUGAACUAGUGUGUUUAGGCCGCGGAGCUCCAUAUCUUCGGCUCAUCUCUCUGCCUUGUUCGAGGUCAGGCCUUUUGACCAUUUCUACCCCCCCCCCCCCCCCCUCUCCUUUUUAAACCCUGCUGCCUGCUCUUCAGUAGUCAUGUGUUGUUGUAGCGCUUCCCACUCUGGAGAAAUGUAUGUCCUUCACAAAGGGAAGGUGGAACAAAAGAGAGCUUGAUUUAUUCUUGUUUAAAGUAAAGUCUAUCCAAAUGAACCUGAAAAAAAUUACUUUGCCUAACUUCUCAGAUAAGAAUUCCGUAAAGGUAUAAUAUCACUCUCUAUAUAUAAAUAUAUAUACGUUUGUGUGUGUGUGUGUGAGAGAGUGUGAAUCUUUGUGUGAGUGAGGUUGCGUGCAUAGAGAAGAACCUUUUUUAACUUGAAAAGAAAAAUUGAAACAAAACAGGAGUACACUGGAAGUCAAUGGUAUAUAUUUUUUAUUCUCUAGAACAAUGUGUGACUGUUACAUGGGCAUGAGAACUGGCUUUAAGCUUUUGUGUCUUUGAGACUGGCGUUGAUACACUUGGAAGGGCCCAGUGUGAGACCAUGUAUUUCUUAUACUAUGCCAAAAGUAAUGGCCUAGUACAAGAAGAUCCCAUGUAAAAUGAACCCAGAAUUGUGAGUGACAUAGCAGGAGUUUUGAGAAGCUGCUGUUGAAUCGUGGUCAUCGGAGAUCUGUGAAGUAUGUGAAAUGUUUUACUGGUAAAUAACCUGUUGCGUUGUAUCAAGCCCACUUCUUUCAUUGCACUCCACUUUAAGCCCCCCUCCCCCAUGACAUACUGACCUUGACCUUACUGUAAUGAUUUAUUCCGUCAAUGUCCCAGUGUCUCAGGUCACAGGUAGUCUGCUCAAGCUGGCCAAAACAAAUCAUCCUGAGCCGUGGUCGUCUAGGUGAACGGUGUCCUUUGUUUGAAUUGAUUACGGACAGCUUAAAGAUCUGUACUUUGAAAACAGUAUGUCUGUCUACCUCAAAUCACUUCAGCCUAAUUACCUGUUGUUGACGACGUUCAGGUUAUGAACGAGCCCUGAAAACCGAAGUUAUUAUCGUUUUUCAUUUUGUGGCAUUUUGCGGGUGUUAUUUUCUUUCAUGUGUUGCCUAAGGAAACAGACAUGUUGCCUGUAAUGUUCUGAGCAGUCAAUUUAACCAUCUUCUGAUUGUCAAAGUGGACUUCCUCAUUCACAUUUAAUCCUCAGGGGCUUUCUCAUCUGAAAACUUUGUAAAAUAUAAAAUGCACUAAAGUUUCCUCAGUAUAGGCUAAGGCUAAGACAUCAGUAUAGUUAGACAAUUUGGGGUUCUAUGUAAUGUGCUUUCGAGACAAUAUCUAGCAGUGAUCCUUGUAGUGUUAGCAUUAAAGUUUUUGCUGUACAAAAAUUAACUUUAUCUCAAUUUUUGAGUAUUUUAGAAGGCCUGCCUGCUUCAUUUAGGAAACUCAUCCAGUUGGAAAAUGAGUAGUGUUUACGGCCAUCUCAUUAUCACACUAUUACUCCAAACAGCCUGCCUAUAUCAAACUAAGGCUCUGUAUUUAAACAAAUGCUUUUCAUCAAGAGAGCGCACUUUUCCUGAAGGGACUCAAGGCUGCCAUCACCAAAGAGUAAUAUGCAUUGCAUCACAUAGUCCUGAAGGGCUCCCUUUUCAUCAUAAAAGGAUGGUAUUGACAAUUGGUUAUGUUGACUGAUCACAAAUUGCAGUGAGCUUGUUCUAGGAAAGGUAUCAUUUCCAAAUGCCUUAAUCUUGUUCUGAUGCGUCCUUUUGACAGAAGACGAUCACAGUCAGACACUCGAUUGAUUUCGUGUUUUAGUAAAACAUAGGUCAAACACUAGCAUGUUGCGUUUACUGAGGGCUAUCGAUCUGUGUUAUUGCCAGGGUGGGUACCCUUUUGUGCGUUAUGGCUCUGCAUUGAUUCCACAAUUUAAUGGAUUUAUUUUGGGCUCAUCCACACUGAUUCUUAACCACACUUGCUUUUAUUAAUUGUUUGAAACGACACUCACACCAGACGUUAUUUUCCUUAAACUGUUGUUCGGUUGCUACCUACACUUUAUUGAACUAAUUUUGCCAUAACAUUUUCGUUGUUUUUGUCAUUAUCGCAUGACAAAUAUAUGCCUCAGUUGGAGUAGCUGCUCGAUGUGUUCAUUGGGUUUGUGGAGGUCACAUUCUUAAUGGGUUUCGCAGGGUAGGCACUGCUUGGCCACUUUGGACAGAUAGCUAUACGUGGGUAUGUGGCUGUGCGAGAUGGCGUUUGAAAGGACAAAUUCAGAUGUCUUGAAUGACCUUGGGGAGAUGUGCAAUUAUAAUUUUUUGUUUAAAUCCAAUGAAGCCUUUCUAAAAUGGCUUGUGUGAAUAUUUAUCAAGAUCUAUUUUAUUGCCUCAUUUAUUUUCAUAGCAAUUCAUACCAGCAAAGAAGGAGACUUUAAGAGGUAUCAUUGAGCCAAGUUUCAAUUUUAAAUGAUAUUGCCAAAUGAAGAACAAAUGUUAGUUUUGAACACCUAAAAUGGUGUCAUCUGAUUGGUUUAACAAUCCGGGAUAUAUAAUCAAACAUUAUAUUAUGAUCAAUUAUUAAGGCCACCAUAUUGUCCAUAGGUGUUGUCCUCUUAAGAACACUAGAUGAAUGUUGGGGGGGGGAAAGAAAAUUUACCCACAAUCGACCCACACAUGCCAGAAAUUUAGUUUUUGUAAAUUGCCUUUUCUACUUAUUAUUUCUUGGACAAAUCUCUUCUUUUUUUUAAGCUUCACAAAGGGCUAAACCAGCUUAUAGGGCUGCUACUAGGCAUUGGGGGUUUACGUAUCCGGAACUUCGUUUGCAUCUGUCAUUCCCGUCAUUGGUUACCGAUGACAACAGAACAAAAACGCGUUUUGCAUCUCGAACAAGGAGACAUUGAACAUGAUCUGUUUUUAAUCCCACCAAACAUGCUGAACAAGGCAUUCUGAAAGGUCUUUAUCUCUUUGUGUGGUUAUCUUACCGGUAUUAACAGUGGUGUAGUGUGUACAAAAGUCCCCCCCCCCCUCCCGCUGACCUGGGUUCAGGAUACCCCAACAGUUUCUGGCAUGCUCUGUACUAACGGCCUGAACCCGUACCUCACUCCCCAGGAAGCCCUUUCUCCGCUCUCUCCCCCACCCCUCUGCGUAUUUGCUGAGGGCCGCCGCACAAUGUUUGUGUGUAGGGAUCUCCAGCCCUGUUAGGAUUACGAGGGCAUACAAGGGGAGUAAAGGGAAAAUAGCCAACAUUGUUAAUCGGUGAAGAAAAAAAUAUGAAUAUAAAAAUAUAUGAAUAUAUAUAUUGAAAUGUAUUGAGUUUUUAUUAAAUAAUUUCAAGAAUAAAAUUCUGGAGAAAGAAAAUUGCCUGUGUGUGCUCUUCAACCGUGAUUUUAGAAAGCACUCAUUAUUUUUUCGAGCUCUGCAGAAAGUUGAAAACUUGUGUUUAAAUGUUGUUUACUGUCCGUAGAGGUAUAUACAGUGCAACACUUACUUAAAUGUCUUAAAUUACAGCUUUUCCCUGUAAGAAAUGUUUUUUUUCUAACAAAUGCAUGCAACAAGUGUAGUGUUUGAAAAUCAACUGUUCUUUCUUCAUAAUUCCAGUAGGUGGCAGUGAAGGACAGCACCAAGAGAAGAGAGAUUGCCCAUUCAACUCAGAGCAUUGAACAUCACUGGCUCAAUGAACAUGACUAAAAUUUCAAGUUAAAUCAGUCAAAAUCCAUAUUCACUAUCAGACUCAAUUAAUGCAUAUAGAGUGAAAACCAUUAAUAUAAAUGCAUGGGUACAUGUAUUUGUGUAUAAGUAUGUCAAUGGAUUGGAUAAAAUCCAUUAUCUGCUGACUCAUGUGAAACCCAUUAACUGGAGAAAGAUUACAUCCAUUCAUUGAUAAUUACACAGCCCUACUCCGAUAUAGGCCUACUACUUUAUUACCAUUUGGCCUAUCAGUAAGUUAUCAUUUGCUAACAUUAGACCACAGAUUUGUCCUUUGAUUAUUUAGUCAGUAUAGCACCCAUCCACAUCUGACGAAUGAUCAGGAUGUAAGCCUUAUCUGCUGGAUAUUGAUCUCUUACAAAUAAAUGGUCCUUUAAUGUUAACAUAUUGGAUCAGGUAACAUGCUGUGUGUCCAAUUUGGGAUGAUGAGAUAUUUCUCCACUCAAUGAAGUCAAAAAGAUGAUUCCCAGACCAAAUAGUUUUUUAACAGGGUCUAGCGGUAAUCUGUUUCAAUAGUGUCCUAUUGCCAGUAUAUUAACAUAAUCCUCUUGAGUGCCGGGAGUUAUGGACCGCAACAGAUCUACAAAUGAUAGA